AUGUCGUUCUCGGUGGAAGAUACACCUUCAAGAUUGGAGAUUAUCACAAGAAAUACGAAGAUGACCAUAACCUCAGGUCCAAUCAUCCGUAUCAGUCCGUGGGAAGUUCAUAUCAACGACUCAGAUUUCAUCGACGAGAUCUACGUCAGUGGUCAGAAACACAGAGUCAACAAAUAUGGCUGGUCUGUAUGUAUUGACCUCUGCCUUUCUGAGCACUCUACCGUGCUCCAGAAGACUGCUGAAAUCAACUGGGGCAUGAACGAAACAUCACUCUUCGAUACCGUCGACCACGACAUCCACCGCGUCCGAAGGGCAGCAUGGAACCCCUACUUCUCCAAACAGUCCAUGUACAAGCUACAAGGCUUCAUCCAAAGCACCGUCGACACCCUCUGUACCCGCUUCGCCGAACACCGCGCCUCCAACCGCCCCGCAAAGCUCAUCUACGCCUACUCCUGCCUGACCGCCGACAUCAUCUCGGAAGUCUGCUUCCCCGAAUCCUUCAACCUGCUGUCCUCGCGCGAGUUCCGCAGCGACCAACACGACGCCUGGCGGAAAGCGUCCGAAAUGCAGCAUGUCUUCAAACAAUUCCCCUUGCUGGUCCCCUUCUUCAACUCCUUCCCCUUGUGGCUCACAAAGCUUACGGCACCGGACGUCUACACGAUCAUCGCGAUGCAAAUCGCGUUGCGGGAACAAGCCGACCACAUCGUCGCGAACCGCGAGACGCUCUCCACGAAACAGUCCACGCACAAACCAUCGAUGAUGCACCACUUCAUCGAGCCCUCCACGGCUCUGCCCGAGUCCGAGAAGACCGCCGAACGCCUCAUGAUGAACUCCGUCAACGCCAUCGCCGCCGGCACCAUGACGACCGCCCACGCGCUCAAGUGGGCUACCUACCACAUCCUCACGAUCCCCGCGAUCUUCACCGCCUUAAUGGCCGAGCUUGAGGCCGCAAUCCCCGACCCCGCUUCCAUCCCGCCCUUGCAGACCCUAGAGAAUCUCCCGUACCUCCGCGCGCUCAUGUACGAAUCCAUCCGGCUCUCCUACGGCGCCUCGCACCGGCUGCAGCGCGUCUUCCCCGAUCGCACCAUCCAGUACCACGCCUACACCAUCCCGCCGAAUACGCCUGUGGGCAUGUCAUCGCCCCUCUUGCACGCAGAUCCCGCCAUAUGGCCUGAGCCCGAUAGGUUCAAUCCGGAUAGACGAAUGGACAGUAUUGUUUGA